AUGCUUUGCGCGUCCUUCUUCAGCGCGUCCCGCUUUGUCCUGGCAGCAGCCAGGACAGGACACUUGCCUCGAGUCCUGUCCCUCGUCACCGUCGACUCACGCGUACCACUUACAUGCGUGAUCUUGAAGGGCGCCCUUUCCGUCAUCUUCGUCUUCUUCGGUUCGGUGCAAUCCCUGAUCCAGGCUGCCGUGUUCGUCGAGACCCUGUGGGACAUUUUUGUGGUGCUCUCCCUGAUCGUACUGCGCUUCACGAUGAAGGACAGGGGGCGAUCGUACAAGGCACCCCUCGUUGUAGUCCUUUUGAAGCUGGUGUCAUCCGUCACUUUGGUUAUCGUUCCGCUGAUUCAACCUACCGACAGCUACAAGUAUCUAGUGAUCGCGGGCAUUUACGUCGUGGGCCUCUUGUACUACCUCUUCUUCGUCGGCAUGCUUUGGGACUGUCGGGCAGCAAGAGUGCUAGCGGAGGUACUUCAGAAGUUGAUGCUUUUGGUGCCUUGUUUCGACGAGCUCACGUUUAUACUUGAACGCAAGAGCAAUGAUCAAAAUAUUUCUAAAGAAUUGCCCGCUUCUGUGCGUCAGUCACAGCAAGUUCAAAGCACUGAGCAGUCAUUGUACUUCGUGGAAGCAGUCAAAGAAGUAAAGGGUGAUUCUUCGCAAGCUGUGGCAGAACGGUCUCGACAAAAAGAUACGACCAUACGGCGUCCCUUGAAUGCAUCAGGGGCAAACAAAACUUACUCGACCAUUGAGUCAGCGGCCACAAGAUUUUAG